CGCGGUCGUGGGGUGCGCGCUCCGCAAGUAUACGCGUAUUUAUAUUUCUGAGAGGUUUUAAUUUAUUCGUUAUGAAUGCGGUAGUAAAAGACUGAACAUAAGCUGUGGAUUGGAGCAGCACACCAUCUGGCACCUUCCCUUCUCUUAACCAUGCUGUGGUAUUCAGCAUUUAUCUACAGUGUGAUUCGGUGGGGCUCGGCGUGGGCGCUGGUGUGCACCGGAAGUGAUUUUUCCUGUGACGGCGGCAGCCAGUGUCUGGCGCCGCGGAAGCUGUGCGACCAGUCUGCCGACUGCGCUGACGGCAGCGAUGAGGGCUCGUGCGAGGCCGGCUCGCGGGUGUGUCCGGCCGGCCAGACGCCCUGCAGCGACCACCGGCUGUGCGUGCACCUCGACUGGCGCUGUGACGGCGUGCCCGACUGCCCGGACGGCUCGGACGAGAUGGGAUGCGCCGCACCGCAGCGCAGACGCUGUGUGCCGGGCCAGGUGCAGUGUCGGGGUGACGGCCGCUGCCUGGACGUGCUGUACCGCUGUGAUGGCACCCCGGACUGUGAGGACGGAUCCGACGAGAUAGGCUGCGCAGCGCCGUCGUCGCCGUGCGGCCGGGACGGUUUCUGGUGUCCGCACCGGUCGUUCUGUAUCGCCGCGUCUCAGCAGUGUGACGGCCGGGACGACUGCGGGGAUGGCUCGGACGAGUUUGGCUGUAACAUCACCUGUCCUGUGGGAGGGAUGAGGUGUCAGACGAUGUGUAUCGAGGCCAGCUGGGUUUGUGACGGCAGCCCGGACUGCGCUGACGGAAGGGACGAAGAGGGCUGUGCGACACUGGAGCCGCCGCCGCCCUGUGCCGCCGACCAGUUCACCUGUGAUAGCGGCAUGUGUAUUCCGAUGGAGGACCACUGUGACAGCCAUCCCGACUGCGCGGCCGGUGAGGAUGAGCGCGACUGUGAGCCAAACUGCGCUCCCGAGCUGUUCCGAUGUCCCGACGGCACGUGCCUGCCUCAGGAGCAGGUUUGCGACGGCGUGCGACAGUGCGCCUGGGGACACGACGAGGACGACUGCGCCCACCUGGCCCAGUGUCCGCCGUCGGCCCGCUGCGAACACCACUGCAUCGGCCUGCCCUCGGACACAGCACCCAACUGCACCUGCCGGCAGGGAUACGCCCUCCAGGCCGACCGCGUCAGUUGUAAGGACGUGGACGAGUGCGCUCUGUCGCGACCGUGCGGUCACCGGUGUGUGAACACGGACGGCAGCUAUCGGUGCAGCUGCGCAGACGGUUACCAGCUGCGCUCGGACGGGCAGACGUGUCGCGCCGGGGCGCCGCCCGCCUCCCUGCUGCUCGCAGAUCGGCACGCCAUCGAACAGGUUCGGGGACAAGUGCGGGGCUUCUCUGAGCACGCCGCUGCGGGUCUAACCACGAACGGAGCGCCGGCCGCGCUGACGCACAAAGGUCUGGCCAACGCCGUCUACCUGGACUUCCACUUCAACAAGGGCCUGCUGUUCUGGAUGGACACGGCGCAGAACGUCAUCUACCGCUCCCUCAUCUCUGGGAACUCGCCGCCAACCACGGUGGUGUACGGCGGCCUGCUGCACCCGGUCGGUCUGGCAGUCGACUGGCUGCACGACCUCCUCUAUUGGGCUGACGAGCGGCAGAGUGUCAUCGAGGUCAGUCAGCUGGACGGUCGGCAGAGGCACGCCGUCAUCACCGAGGGACUGGACCGGCCGCGCGCACUCUGUCUGCACCCCGAGCGGGCGCUGCUGUUCUGGACAGACACCGGCGAGGAGGCUCGUAUCGAGCGUUCGCACGGUGACGGCGGCGGCCGGCGGACCAUCAUUAGCGAGGAUCUGUUCUGGCCGAACGGACUGACCAUCGACUAUCCGACGGAGCGUCUGUACUGGAACGACGCCAAGCUGAACAGCAUCUCCAGCUGCCUGCUGGACGGCUCUGAUCGGCAGCAGGUGGUCCGUCGCGGCGCGCCCCACCCGUACGGACUUACCGUGUUCGAGGACACUCUCUUCUGGACCGACUGGAAGACGCACGCACUGCACGCGGCCGACAAACGACACGGGAACCGUGCCCACGCGCUCCGUACUGGUCUGGAGCACCCAAUGGAUGUGCGCGCCGUACACCCGCUCCGCCAGCCGGGCGCACGCAGUCGCUGCCUGCCCGCUGCCGGCUGCUCCCACCUGUGCCUGCCGCGGCCGGACGGUCAUACGUGCGCCUGUCCCAGCGGCCUACGGCUGAAAACUGGAAGCACCUCUGACUGCGAGUCGGAGCCGGCCACCGGUCUUCUGGUGGCCUCCAACGGCACGCUUCAGGUGGCACCAGUGCUGGGCGGCGGCCGGUGGCACCUGGUACCGCUGCUGGGCCCCGGCCGGCCGUCGGCGGCCGCCGCCGACCGCCGACACACGCUCUACUGGGCGGACGCGGACGGUGGUUGUCUGCGCAGCGCCUUCUGGAACGGAUCCCAGCACCGGUGCCUGGUGGACGCCAACCUCGGUAACAUCACCGGCCUGGCGGUGGACUGGCUGUCGGGCCUGCUGUACUGGGCUGACGCCGGCCUGCGGCGGCUAGAAGUGGCCCGGACCGACGGCCGACACCGGCGGCUGCUGGUGGCCGACGGUAUCGACAGCCCCACCUCGCUGCUGCUCAACCCGACCGCCGGUGUGAUGUUCUGGUCGGACGCCGGCGGCUCCUCUGCCCGUAUCGAGCGGUCCGCCAUGGACGGCUCGGGUCGCUCGGUCCUGCUGCGCGGUGGACAGCUGGCGGCGCCCACUGGACUGGCUCUGGACGAAACCGCCACCACAAUCUACUGGUGCGACGAGAAACUCGGCACUGUGAGCGCGGCGCGUCUGACGCCGUCGGGCGGCGCCGGUCCGGUCCGCACCCUGUACUCGGGUCAGCGGCGGCCCGUGGCACUGGCCGCCGCCUCUGGACGCCUCUUCUGGCUGCUGGCCGGAGCAGAGACGGUGGUGAACGCCAGCGGCAGCCCCGGCGGUCCGCCGCCGACCCCACUGUCAGCCGCCCUGGGCCCGCCGCUGGCUCUGGCGGUGCUGGGAGCGGGACACGGCCCCGGUGACGGGGAGAGCCCGGUCGGUCCGUGCGGUACGGAUAACGGCCGCUGCUCGCACCUGUGUCUGCCGACUCCCAACGGACCCGUCUGCAGCUGUCCCACCGGUGUACCGAUGUCCUCUGACGGCCGGAGCUGCCAGUCGGGUCCCGCUCUCAGCCUGGUGUUCAGCCGCGGCUGGGAGGUGCGCCGACUCUCGCUGACGGAGCCGGCCUCCGUGGAUACGGUGCUGCCCCUGCCGCGCUCCGCACACGUCACCGCCAUGGCCUGGGACCCGCGCACAGACCGCCUGCUAUACGCUGACGCCGGUGGCGGCCGGCGUCGAAUCAUCAGCAGCUCCAUGGACGGACUCAAGUCUCACGUCAUCGUUGCACACGAUCUGGGUGACGUGGCAGACAUAGUCAUCGACGACAUCGGCGGCAAGAUAUUCUGGACGGACCGGACGCGCGCCAGUGUGGAGGUGUGCUCGCUGGACGGCCAGCUCCGUCAGCUGGUGGUACACAGUCGGCUGCGCAGUCCGCGCGGCCUGGCGCUCUCCCACCGUCACGGGCUGCUGUUCUGGUCCGACUGGGGCCGGCCGCAGCAGGUCGAGAGCGCAUGGAUGGACGGCACGCACCGCACUGUGGUGGUUGCGGAGGGCGUUGGUCGUCCGUGCGGUCUGGUGGUGGAUGCGUCCUCCGACCGGCUGUUCUGGGUCGACCACCAGCUGGGCACCGUCGAGUCGGCCGCCCUCAACGGUUCAGAGCGGGUCACACUGGUCUCCGACCUGUCCCGUCCGUCCGGACUGGCCGUCCACCACGGUCGGCUCUACUGGACUGAGGAGACUGGGGCAGAGGGCGCCGACGGCGGCUCCGUCCGCGCCCGGGAUAUCUCCGACACCUCAGCGACGCCCGAGACCCUCACCCGGCCGCUCUCCAACCUGGGACACAUUAUGAUGCUGGAGCGUGACGCGGCCAUGCUGCGUUACGUGUGUGGCGGCGGUGACAACGGCGGCUGCUCGGGCCUCUGCCUGCGCAUCCCCACGGGCCGGAGCUGUGUGUGCGGUACCGGUCUGGUGCCACAGCCGACCGACGCCGGAGCCACCUGCCCCGACCGGCCGGCGAGAAUGCUGCUCUACCUGACACUGAACAGCGUGGCGCGUGUGUCUCUGGACGUGAGCCAGCCGUGGGACGUGACGUUGCCGGUGACGGACGUCUACAACGCUGCGCAUCUCGACUUUGUGGCCGAGGAGAACGCCGUCGUCUAUUCGGACCGGCGACUGAAUCAGAUCAGGGUGGUGGACAUCCGCACGCCGGCCACCACCCCGCCUCGCACGGUGCUCGAGUCGGCCGACGUAUGGCCCGAGGGGGUGGCCGUCGACCGGUCGGCUCGGCUGGUGUUCUUCACGGAGGCGCGGGGCCCCAGUGUGUCUGUGGUGGCGCUGAGCGGCUGCUGCCGCCGGCGGCUGAUCGCUGACGGCCUCUCCCGGCCCGGCGCCGUGGCGGUGUGGCCCCCGGCCGGCCUGCUGGUCUGGGUCGAGCAGCAGGGACCGCCGCGUAUAGAGUCGGCCAGACUGGAUGGAUCCGAGCGGCGGCGGCUGGUCACCGAGAGGCUGUCGGCGCCCACCGGGCUGGCGCUGGAGGGGGACAGGAUGUACUGGGCGGACUCUGAGCUGCACACGCUCGAGUCUGCCGACCUGGCCGGCGGUAACCGGCGGGUGCUCGUCUCCAGCGCCGGACACCCCUUCGGUGUCACCGUGAUGGGUGACUGGCUGUACUGGAGUGACUGGGGCACACACAGUCUAGAGCGGGUCGGGAAGGUGGACGGCAGCCAGCGGGGCACCGUCAGGGACAAGCUGGAGCGCAUAAUGGACGUGGUGGCUGUAUCUACUGGUCGACCGGCCGGCUCCACCCCCUGUGCCCAGGAGAACGGCGGCUGCUCACACCUGUGUCUGUACCGCGGCGGAGGGAACCUGGUGUGCGCCUGCCCGGACACACCGGACGGUCGGGCGUGCGACACCACACCGCACUAUCAGAGCCAGCCGAGCACCGCCGCCGGUCUGAGCGGGGUCAGCACGGCGCUGCUGGCCGCCGGCGGGCUGCUGCUGCUGCUGCUCGCCGUACUGCUGGCCGUGCUCUUCAGACGCUCACGGAUGGCGCAGCGUGCCCCGGACCGAGAGGCCACCCUGACCUUCAGCAACCCCACGUACAACUCGUCGGCGUCUGACUUCAGCAGCGAGAAACGCUUCUCGUGGAGGAAGGCCAAAUAUGACAGGUCCCAGGAGCCGCCGCCGGCCGGCCAGUCGUCCGGCACGGCUUCCCUGGAGGCUGCCGCGCUCAUUAACGGUGUGAUGGCGGACCACAACAGCUCGACGCCGCUGGCCAGCUCCCCGAGCCUGCAGCACUGAGCUGGCUAUGAUGGCCCA